AUGUACGCAAAAUGUGGAAGCAUAGACAAGGCACGUGAACUGUUUGACAAAAUACCCCCCAAAAAUGUGGUUUCGUGGACUGCAAUGAUCACAGGAUAUGCACACAAUAAUGUUCUAGACGAGGCUUUCAGGCUUUUCAAUGAAAUGCCUCAAAGAAAUGUAGUCUCAUGGAAUGCAAUGAUUGCAGGAUAUGCACAAAAUGUGCUCUUCGAAAAGGCUUUGAAAACUUUCAAUCAAAUGCAAUUGGCAGGUGUAAAGCCAAUGUCCACAACCUUUGCUAGCAUCCUUCCAGUCUGUGGCAAGAUUGGAGCUUUGGAACAGGGCAUGUACAUCCAUCAGAGCAUAAUCAAAAGUGGAUUUUUGUCAGAUAUUGUGGUUGCGAGUGCCCUAGUGGACAUGUAUGCAAAAGGUAAAAGCAUACAUAAGGCCCGCGAUCUGUUUAACAAAAUGCCUCAAAAAAAUGUGGUUUCUUGGACUGCAAUGGUUGCAGCAUAUGCACAAAAUGGUAUUCUUGACGAGGAUUCGAUUCUUUUUAAAGAAAUGUCUGAAAGAAAUGUGGUCUCAUGGAAUGCAAUGAUUGCCGGAUAUGCACAAAAUGGGUUUGCUGAAAAAGCCUUGGAAAUUUUUAAGCAAAUGCAAUCGAUAGGGGUAAAGUUAGACUCCGCAACCUGUGCCAGUAUCCUCCCAGCCUUUGCCAAAACGGGAGCUCUGGAGCAAGGCACAGAUAUCCAUGAAAGCAUAGUAAAAAAUGGAUUUUUGCCGAAUGCUGUAGUUGCAAGUGCCCUCGUAGACAUGUAUGCAAAAUGUGGAAGCAUACACAAGGCACGUGAACUGUUCGACAACAUGCCUCAAAGAAAUGUGAUCUCAUGGAAUGCUAUGAUUACAGGAUAUGCACAAAAUGGCUUUUGCAAAGAUGCUCUUAGAGUCUUUGAACUAAUGAAGCACUCUGGAACAAACCCUGACCAUGUAAGCUUCGCUUCUGUUUUACUGGCAUGCAGCUAUGUGGGUUUAGUGGAUGAGGGCUGUAAGUCCUUCAGUGACACAUGGGCAGGUGGGCUGAGGUUCAAAGAGUAAGAAGAUUGAUGAAUGAUAGAGGAAUAAAAAAGACACCUGGCUGUAGUUGGAUUGAAGGCCAUAAAAAGGUACAUGCUUUU